GAUUGCACGUCCACCAAGUCACGAUUCUUCCGAGGAGGGGACUGGCUCAUCGUCCUCCUGUACCACACUUAGUCACACACAUUUCACACUGGCUCCUCAUCCUUGAGCUCAUACAAUCGUACUCGGCGGUCACGGAGAGAGUCAGAGAUCGCAGUCUCUGCUCGCCAAGAUGGCCUGCCACUAUGAGGGAUACAUGCCUGACACUAAUCGUCCACAGAUCGAAGCGGUCAAUGUGGAGGACUUGACGCCUGAGCUGCUGUGGAAUAGGUGCAUUCGCAAGAGGAGACCCGUCAUCAUCAAUGGCUUUCCCAAGGAUGCAGAGUGGAAGGCAGAGCAGUGGACUGAUCUGGCGCACCUAGCAGAGCUUGCCGGCCACGCACCAGUUAAAAUCGAGCCCAUCGAUCCUCGCCUAGGACACUUUGGCACCGCCGCCAAGAGGCAGAAGGUCGCUUUUGCAGAAUUCAUCAAGAGAUUGAGGGACCCGCUCAAGAAGAAAGGGGACUGGUACCUCACCACUCAGUACGACAGCGAAGAUGAAGAUGAGGAUCAGCAACGAGCUGCACAUCAUCGGAAGAAUGGGGAGAAAGUUAAUGGGAAGAGGAAAAGGGAGGCUGCACCACCAGAGGAAGAAGCGUAUGCAUCAGAUUCGGCUGCAUCCUCGUCUUCUACCGCAAGCAGCUCCUCUUCCUCGCCCAUCGAGGUAUCGCUGCCCGUAUACGAACCGGAGAUCAAUUCCCUGCCGGCCAAGUUUCGACCACCGCCUCUGGACCCCCUCUUGCCAUCUCCCACUCAUGCUCUUGCAGAUGACUUCCCUCUUCAGCCGGCGCUGAUGGGCAACCUUGUAUUGCAACAGACGAAUCUGUGGCUUGGCAACUGUCAAGAAGGCAAAAGUAGCGGCUUGCAUCAUGACUUUCAUGAUAACCUGUACGCUCUACUCUCUGGACGCAAGCGCUUCAUCCUCUUCCCACCUCCGUACCAUCUCCUUCUACACCCCAGAGGUACAGUUGAAAGAGUCCAUCCGAAUGGUCUCAUCGAGUACACGCCUCGUGGGUCUCGCCAUAUACGUCACCCGGUGUGCCACCGUUUGCCCCUACGCUCGGACGGCCUGCCGCAGACCGAGGCAGCAAGAUGGUCUCUUCUCGCCCGAAGACAAGAGCUGCGGGAAGCUUGGGAGCAAGAUGUGACUCCAAAUGGCGAAGGGCACAUUCCAAGUGAUAGGCGAAAAGGCAAGGCUCGCAUGACGCACAAGAUGGAAGAGACCCUGGCGGCAUAUGAAGAUGGCAUUGAUCGCGUCGAGAGAGUCACUGCAUUCGAAGCAGAAGAGGAGUCCUCGUCUUCGUACGAAGAGGAAGAGGAAGAGGACCUACUCACAGAAGAGAGUGACUUUGACGGCGAGACCUUCGAGGAACGUCGUACCAGGGACCAAGAGGUCCUUCAAGCACUGCUCGCUGCCAGUGAAGAGGCGCGACGCCACCACUUCGAGUCAGGCGGGACAAUGGAAACUCUGUACAGAUCAGACAGCGAUGACUAUGACGAUUCUGAUGAAGUCGACUUCUACGAGUCUCUCGAAGAAGACUCCGUAGAGCCCGGGGGUGCUUUCGCAGAUGGUCGUCACCUACCCAUCGAGUACGAGCGCCUCAUUGCUCGCGCCCAAGAAGGCGAUCGAGUAGCGAUCGAGAUGGUUGCCCACCUUCAGAGACAGCUUGACGCUGAUCAGACACAGGAUGACGCAAGCGAUGAGGAAGAGUCCGCUGCCGACUCCAGCCCCAGAGACGUUCUCCGUAUCCCACGCAAUCCCGGUAGCAAUCUACCAGGCGGUCUUCGAAGGGACGAAGACAUUGACGAGUACGAAGACCACCUAGAAUACGACGACGGCGUCACUCCAGCUGAGGUCCUGUUUUUGGGCAACGAGGAGGGACCUGCUGACUUCAUGAUAGACUUCGAAAACGAGGAGAGUGAGGAGGAAGGCGACGAUCUACAGCAGCAGCAGGAACUACUAGCCAUGAAUGCUCUGAGGAGGCAGACUGCCCUUAACCUCAUCAGAUCGGGAGGGCCCGCACAGGCGAGGGGCGAAGAAAUCCUGAGGCAGAUUGAAGCUCAAGAAGUCGAGGCACAGCGCCAAGGUCAAGAGCUGGCCCAACGAGCUAUAGCCUCCGCACCCACCUCGCAAGACGAUGGCACUUCUGUCUCUAGUUCGGAUGACAGUGUCGACGAGAACGACGUUGAGGAGAUGAAGGAUGCCAUCCUUGCCCAUCUUGAGGCAGGAGGAGAGGUCAUCUUGGACGAGAACGAGGUCAAUACGCUCAACGCACAGGGUCGUCCUGCGCAAGCUGAUGGUGUCAUAGCCUCGGAACUGCGUGGAAAGCAAGAAGACAACGAGACUAGUGACGAAGAGUCCAGCUCUGAUGCAGCCUUCCCUUCGGAGGCUAUCAGUGAUGCCGACGACGAUGGCGAGGCUGACAACGACGAGUACGAUGACGAUGAUGAUGAUGACUCUUCUGGAUCGGGGUGGGGUGAAGAGGGGGACGUCGACGACUCCGAAGCAGUCCUCGCCGCUCUCGAGGCUCAGGCCAAAAGUCGCAAUCUACAGCAGAACAAUGGACAAGACGGUAGAGCCUCUAUGGGCAAAUCUGCUCCAGAGCACACAGAAGACCGAGAGCCAUUGAGCUUCUCCCGCAUCAACCCUCUGGUACUUCACCGACACUUUGGCAUCCCCGAUGCCAUCUCUGCGCCUAGAAACGGAAGGGCGGGCGUACCACUACCUCCAGGACGGCACUUGCGACCAGACGAGCGAUGCCCUCAUCCCAUCGUGGUAGAUCUCUUGCCUGGACAGAUGCUCUACCUGCCCGCCAGCUGGUGGCAUGAGGUCACGAGUGAGGCGCAUGCUCCCACUGGGAAAGAAAGCAACGGCACCAGUGAGGCAGCAGAGGCCAAUGUGCACAUGGCUCUGAAUUGGUGGUUCCACCCGCCAGACAAUCUGACGCCGCUGCCGGCAAAGCAGAACAUUGCCGCAACCAACGGAGGCAUGGGGCCGGCGAGAUCCUCCUCAACAGCUCACCCCAGUAGCUUUGAGCAGCCCUACCAAGAUGCGGCUGUAUGGAACUUCAUUCGAGCGAAAGUCAAUCGCAGGCUCAAGAGAGCGAAGAGGGCCGCGCAGGCAAUGAAAGAGGGCAAAGGUGCAGCUGCUGUUGGAAAGAAGAGGAAGCAGUGAUGGUGUGUCUCUUUGUGGCGGUAGUGUUCUUUCUGUUGCGAUCCAAUGUCACCGUCAUCAUGACUCUCAUGAAUACACAUGUCCUUGCC